AAGCUGAGCGUUGCCAGAGAAACACUAUAGCUUGGUUCCUUAGGUGGAAAAAGUGAAGCCGGUCUGGAGAAUAUCUCCUCUCCUCGGGUACCCCAGAUUGUUAUGCCAACAUGGGGGUAUCUUUCCCGCUUACCGCAGAGGAGUAGGGAAACAGCCUCUCGGAUCCUAGCGUGGAAGAGAAAGGCCAGGAACACGAAGGUGACUGCAUUUCUUGUGAGAUUGUAAAUGUACCAUGGAAGUUAAAAGUAGCUUAAGAAGAAUGGAAAAAGGCCAAUUAGAAGCCUCAAAUCUUCCAUCAGAAGUCUGGCAUUCUGAGGUGACAGUGUCAGUGACAGGCGAGCCACCUGGUGCUGUAGAAGAAGAAGAAGAAACAGCUGAAGAAACAAACAUAGAAAUCAUCCCGGAAAUCAUAGAACCACUCUCCAUUCUAGAUGUGCUGAGGAUCUCUGCAGUUCUGGAGGAUACCACAGAUCAGCUCUCUAUUCUAAACUAUAUCAUGCCAGUUCAGUAUGAAAGAAGACAAAGUGUCAACAUGAAGAAAAAUAAAGAAAUCAAUUUUGAAGGAAAGACCUUAGAAAAAUUUUCAGAUGACCCAAAAACCUCAAAAAUAACCAGUCCAUUCUUACCUAAAGAAGAAACCAAGUUGCCAGAAAUCAGACAAGGAAGCCAAUUGGCCAACGGAUUUAACAAAACGCAAGAUCUUGUCUUCAAAAAACCUAUAAGACAGACCAUAAUGUCUACGGAAACACUGAAGAAAAUUCAGGUAGAUAGGCGGUUUUUCAGUGACAUAAUUACAAAGACCAUGCAGGAGCUGCAGGAGUCAGGCACUUUCACCAGUCUCUUGGAAGCUUUGGGCAAAGAGAGGGAAAACAAAAAGCAUUUCUAUGAUAUCAUUGCCAGGGAGGAAAAAGGAAGAAAACAGAUAAGAUCUCUUCAAAAACAGCUACUUAACCUCAAAAGAGAACGGCAAGCUGAGGUACAGAGUCGGAAUGAAUAUAUUGCUCACCUCAAGGACCAGUUGCAAGAGAUGAAGGCAAAAACCAACCUGGAGAAUCGCUAUAUGAAGAGAAACACUGAGCUGCAGAUCUCCCAGACCCAGAAGAAAUGUAACAGAACAGAGGAGCUCUUGCUGGAAGAGAUAGAGAAACUAAGGUUGAAAACUGAAGAAGAGAAUCGGAUUCAUAUGGAAAUUGAAAUGUUCCUUAGAAAGGAGCAGCAGAAACUUGAGGAGAAGCUAGAGUUCUGGAUGGAGAAAUUUGAUAAGGACACAGAAAUGAAAGAGAAUGAACUAAAUGCUCUCAAAUCUGCUAAGGCCAGUGACUUAGCACACCUUCAAGACCUUGCAAAAAUGAUAAGGGAGUUUGAACAGGUCAUCAUUGAAGAUCGGAUAGAAAAGGAGAAGACCAGGAAGAAGAUAGAACAGGAUCACUUGGAACUCAAGAGCGUCUUACAGCUCCAGGCCUGGUGGCGAGGCACUAUGGUACGGAGGGAACUUGGUGGUUUCAAAAUGCCUAAGAAGGACAAAGAUGAUAUCAAGGAUUCCAAAGGCAAAGGCAAAGACAAGAACAAGCGGAGAGGCAAGAAAAAGUGACAUUCUCUUGCCUUUUCCUCUGGUAUUCUGGAGCUGGGAAGGUGGACUUGAAAACAUUUUACCAGCGCAGAGAACUCAUCUACAGGUUGUUUCUUAUUUGGACAUUUCCAGGUGCUGCCUGGUGUUUUCACUUUGCCUUUGUAUUAGUUUGCAAACCCUGAAUUAGGACUAUAUUGUUGACUUAGGGCUUCUUUUGAGAAACUUUUGGUGGGAAGUAUUUCUAGGAGGCUUAUGAAGAUUCUUUUUGCUCUUUCUUACUAGAAAAAAGUCAAGGGCUUAGUUAUUGUGAUGCAUUAAAACUUCAGUAAUUUC